GGCUGUUGGAUGUGUCCUCUCUGAUUCUGUGUUAACUAUGGCCUCUGUGAGAGUAGCUGUUCGAGUCCGCCCGGUGAACAAAAGAGAAAAGCAGCUGUCGUCCAUGGGCAUAAUUCAUGUGAAUGGGAGCACCACAACCAUUCAAAAGCCCUCACAUGUUCGAGGGGAGCAGUUAAAAGAGGGAGUGAAGGCCUUUUCAUUUGACUUUGCAUAUGAUUCAACUGACAAACAAAGCCCCACAUAUGCAACUCAAGAGAAGAUUUUUCUUGACUUGGGCUCUGAUGUAUUGAAAGCUGCAUUUGAAGGCUUCAAUGCCUGUCUGUUUGCAUAUGGUCAAACUGGCUCUGGAAAAUCAUUCACCAUGAUGGGCCACAACGAAGAUAAAGGUUUGAUCCCACGGAUCUGUGAAGGCUUGUUCAAGGAGAUAUCUCACAGAAGCAAGAGUGAUUCUGUGUCAUUUCGUACAGAGGUCAGCUAUUUAGAGAUCUAUAACGAACGCGUGCAGGACCUUCUCAAGAAGAGAACGACUUCACCAAAGAGUGGAGGAUUGAGGGUGAGGGAGCACCCGAGAGACGGGCCCUAUGUUGAGAAUCUGAUGAAACGCUUGAUACAUAACUACAGCGACAUGGAGGACUUGAUCACGAUCGGCAAUGCCAACCGCACAACGGCCUGUACGAGCAUGAAUGACCUCAGCAGCCGCUCUCAUGCCAUCUUUACCAUCCACUUCACGCAGGCUUGCUUUGACUCGGAUAUGCCACGCGAGACGUUGAGUAAGAUCCACCUGGUGGACCUGGCAGGCAGUGAGAGAGCGGAUGCCACACAGACCACAGGCACCAGGCUGAAGGAAGGUGCCAACAUCAACAAAUCCCUGGUCACUCUGAGCAGUGUGAUCUCAGCGCUGGCUGACCUUAACAUAGGAGGACAGUCGACAAAAAUGAAGCAGGUCUUCAUUCCUUACAGAGACUCUGUGCUGACAUGGCUACUUAAAGACAGCCUGGGUGGAAACUCUAUAACGACCAUGAUAGCAACAGUUUCUCCUGCUCAUGUGAACUACGGGGAGACACUGAGCACUCUGCGCUACGCCAGCCGAGCUAAAAACAUCGUGAACUCUCCAACAGUGAAUGAGGACGACAACGUGAAGGUUAUCCGAGAGCUGCAGGCUGAGGUUACAAGGCUCCACAGGCUACUAGAAGAAGCUAAUCAGGUCAAGAGUGGCGAGCCGUCUUCCCCUGUGAAAGUAGCAGAGGAGCUGCAUCAGAACGAGGCAAAGGUUCUUGCAUUGACCAAGGAAUGGACCAGCAAAUGGAGUGAAACUCAGAAUAUUCUGCAGGGAGAGGCUGUGGUUCUGAGGAAGGAGGGAAGUAGAGUGAUUCUGGACUGCCAGUUACCUCAUCUAAUAGGCAUUGAGAAAGAUCUACUUGGCAGUGGCAUCAUUCUCUAUUAUUUGAAAGAGGGGAGAUCACGGGUUGGGAGUGACAAAGCAUCAUGCAGUCAGGAUAUUGUGCUUCAUGGGCCCGGGCUCCUCAGUGAACAUUGUGUGCUUGAGAACCACGCUGAUGCCGUGACUCUGAUCCCUCAGGACGGCGCACUGUGUUCAGUCAAUGGCUCUGUGGUCACCAGCCCCUGCCAGCUGACUCAGGGUAGCAUCAUGCAGCUUGGACAUGGAACCAUACUGAGGUUUAAUCACCCAAGUGAAGCUGCUCAGCUCCGAGAGAAACGCCAGAGCGGGCUGCUGUCUGACUUCAGCUUGUCAUUGACUGACCUGUCCAAAUCGACCGAGAAUCUGUCCAAGGUGAUGCUGCAAAACCCAGGGGGGAUGGAAAAGAAAGAGAGGCUCAACCAUCAGGAGGUGGUGUGGCAGCAGGUCCAAAAAAGCUUGAACAAACGCAAUCAGGACAUCAAAAGACUUCCAGAGCAAAACAAUGAGGUUACCCAACAACAGAGAGAAGAGGAGAUGAAGGGGCCAGAGAUGGAAGAGACUGGUAAUGAUCUGAUAGAUACGCUGGCCGCAGAGAUGGAGAAGUCCAAAGUGCCAAGCAGCUCUACCACAACAGAGAAGCUCAUUACUCCAGCCAAACUUGGAAAACCCCUUGUCCCUCAUGCUGAUAUUGAGUUAGAUGGAGACAAAAUACAGGGUGGAGUAAGCACUAGGGGAGGCCACAAUCAGGAGAGGGACUUGUGUCAUAAAUCAAGGCCAGGGCUGAUGUCUGAAAGGCCGUGGAGAAAAGCUCAGACUGGGCUUGGAGUUUCAAGUUAUCAGGGAGAGGUUUGGUCAGGGGAUGCCAGCCUCCAGCAGACAACUGUCCUGGGCCUGGGUGAUGGAUGUGGCAUGAAGCCAGAUGGGAAUGCUAACGAGAUCCAAGAUUUUGUAGCCGACUGCUACGAGAGGAGACUCAGCUCUGGUGGGAGCUCAUUAGGCAGUAUGUCCCACCUGCAGAGUAGGAGAAGAACUACCUCCACGUCUGUCCUCCCACAGACCAACACUCACUCUCAGAUGGACAAAAAGCCUCAAAGCCGUCAGGUGCCCUCCCAUCCACCAGAGCAAACAAUCUUCGAGGGGCAGUUCUGCAAUGGACAAAUUGAUGAAUUUGGACCUUUGGAGGAGAUCCCAGGAGUGUGUUUGACGGAGAUGGAAGCAGCCACCGUGCAAAGCUCAGGACUGGGCUCUUUGGUUAGCAGGGUCUCAUGGAUGGUCCAGGAUGCAAGACGUCUCCUCUGGAGCUCUCGCUCAGUAUUGCAGCAGAUCCGGGAAGAGGGACUACAGCAUUUUGGAGCCCGGCAUGUCACGUCUCUGGUCAAGAAAAAUCAUGUAAUGUCUCUUGUGAACAGCCAGGUCCUCUCCAUGGUGAAAGGGAGCUUUGUCUUCUCUUUGUGCAAGGAUAGUCACAUUUUUGCCAUAAUGAAAGACCUUCCGCUUAUACAGCACAUUCACAUGGAGAUAACUGAACUACUUCAGCCUGAGGUGGCAGAUGAGAUUAUUCACGGCUGCAUUAAUCCUGAUAACACACGACCCCUGGUCCUAACACCAAUGGAAACUUUAGGCAAAGUAGAGGAAUUCCCAGAUGAUGAUGAUGAUGAUGAUGACGAUUUAGAAAUCUCAGAAAAUAUUUGGAAAAGGAGCAAGGACAUUGUGGAUCUGCCGAAAGUGCAAAGCAUAUCUUUCAUAGAUGUAAAACAAGAUGAACUGAUCACAGACCAAAGGGUUACUCGUGUGUAUAAAGUCGGAGAUCAGGGUUUCAAGAACUCGAGGACGGUGGUGAACACAAUGGAUGUCCAAAUCUUCAGUCAAAUCUUGAUAACAUUUCCUGACUCCCUUUCAAAUCUACAGACUCUUCCAUUGCAAGAUGUUAUAAAUGUUUUGAACUCUACCAUCACCACCACAGUCAUCACCUCUCAGAAGAUUUUAGCUCUCUUUUGGCUGAACGUGGCUAAAUGUAGCCAACCUCGUCCCCGUCCUGCCCUCCUGAUCCUGACAGAGAAGGGCCUCUACACACUGACCACUGACUUUGGGCCCCUGGUUCUGUUCAGUCAUCUCCCAUUGCUGCAGCUGAAGGAGGUGCAGAUAGGCUUAGCAGGCCAGAGUCUGCGUUUGAUGGGCACUACAGAGGAGAGCAUCUUGGGUGUCUACACUCACAGCCAGAAGCUUACCAGGGAGCUGUGCCGGGUCUUACUUGGUGCCAUCUGCCCCAGAGAUAACAGGGUCUCUCAGCAUCCACUGCUCCAUGGAGAUUUGAUGAGGAUGUCUCUAGACUGCAAGGUUCAUGUUCCUGACCUGCUGAUGGAUGCUAAAUUUAGGGUUUGCUGCCAGUUUCAGAAGAGACGAGCUGAUCUGAUUUACCUCCUUCAUUGCAACAUGGACCAACCUGCAGUUGCGCUGGGACAGGUACAGCUCCUACUGUACGUAAGUGUAGGGGUGUGCAUCAGUCCCACUAUGCAUGGUAAGGAACUUGCCCAGCUUUUUCUUACCGAUACCUAUCUUGGUCUGGUGCAGGAAGAUGCCGUCUUUCAUCCGACUGCAGGCUGUGUCACAACGCAGCCCUACCGUCCCCCAUUCCAUAACUUAACUCUUCGUCAGCGCUCACAUGUGCGCUGCAUGCUUCUGCACGAUGAAGACGAGCACGGAGUUGUCAGACUGGAUGUAAUCCUGGGAAAUGUGAGGGGCAUGGGUCACCCUGAAAGCAUGACAGAGGCAGCUACCCCUCCUGCACAAGCCUUUAACUCAUGUCUGUGUGUAGAAAUGUGGAAAUUAACUUUCAGUUGCUCCACUGAGGCUGCCUGCCUGAUUAAUCACUUGUCAAAUAUCUGAUCAAGGACUGAACAGCCACGAAUGAACAGCCCAGCUUGAAAACUCACUCACUGAGGGGGCUGUGGAAAAACUGCCUCCCUACAGACUGUUCAAAUGACAGCUUCACUGAUAACAAAGCCAACUAUGACCUACUUUGAAGUUUCACUGUUUAUUUGUUUCUCUGUUCUUGUCAUUUUCAUAUUAAAGUACAAAUAUUUUAGUUUGUUUUGCAAAAAUAAAUAAACAGAUGGUUAUGUCUCGUGUUUUAAAUAGAAGGGUCAGCAAAC